AUGCCUAGCAAAUUAGUCGAUGUUGCUGUGUAUGCUUUUGGCUCUUUGUUUUCGCUAAUGUAUAGCACCACGAGCUUGAGCUUGGCAUUGAAAAACCUGUCAAUUUCGCCAAAUGAAAGCAACCAAUUCGCUGCCCAGAGUGUUGACUUCCAGUUCAGGCUUUUGGGUUCUUCCAAAAACUCGACCUUUUCCAGCUUUUCAAUCAGAAAUGAUGGUAGUUUCAGGGAAAAUAAUAGGAGUAACAGUUGCCAAGUGUUUCAGCUCAAAUGUAGCGAAUCGGAUUAUAUUGCGAAAACGAGUGCUCUCAAGGAGGUUAUAGAGGAACCCAGAAUUGAUAAUGGAAGUGGAGGAGAUGGCGGCAAUGGGCGAUUGCCGUCUGGCGGUGGCGGUGGCGGUGGCGGGGGCGGCGGAGAUGAAGAAGAAGAAGGUGAUUUUGAUGAAAAAGAGUUUGGGCCUCUUUUGAAGUUUGAAGAAGUGAUGAGAGAAGCUGAAAAACGAGGGGCGACUCUGCCUUCUGAUAUGUUAGAAGCUGCCGAGACCACCGGGAUUCGGAGCUUGAUUCUUAGCCGUUAUUUGGGUUUACAGGGGUCAGUUUGGCCGUUGGGAUUCUUGAUGAGGUACUGCUCUAUGCUCAGGAAUCGAAUGCUUGCUGAUCCAGCGUUUUUGUUUAAAGUUGGGACAGAGGUGGUCAUUGAUACUUGUUGUGCAACAUUUGCGGAAGUUCAGAAGAGGGGUAAGGAUUUUUGGGCCGAGUUCGAAUUGUAUGCUGCAGAUGUUUUGGUUGGGGUGGUAGUUGACAUUGCUCUGGUUGGCAUGCUGGCACCUUAUGCUCGUAUUGGGAAGAGAUCUGUUUCGAGUGGCUUUUUAGGGCGACUACAACUUGCCACUGCUUCUCUCCCAAGCAGUGUUUUUGAAGCUGAAAGGCCAGGAUGCAAAUUUUCAGUCCGGCAACGAAUCGCUACAUACUUUUACAAGGGUGUAUUAUAUGGUGCAGUUGGAUUUGGCUGUGGGCUUAUCGGUCAAGGCAUAGCAAAUUUGAUUAUGACUGCUAAAAGGAACAUCAAGAAGUCAGAAAAGGAUAUUCCAGUUCCCCCUUUAGUAAAGAGUGCAGCUCUCUGGGGUGUUUUCCUAGCAGUCUCCUCCAAUACUCGUUAUCAGAUUAUUAAUGGCUUGGAGCGAUUGGUCGAAGCAUCGCCUGUAGCAAAGCGAGUCCCACCUGUUGCAAUGGCCUUCACAGUUGGUGUGCGAUUUGCUAACAACAUCUAUGGUGGAAUGCAGUUUGUAGAUUGGGCAAAAUGGAGUGGAGUGCAAUAAUAGCAUCCAUCAGAUAUCUCAUCCAUGUAUUUUUGAUUGAUUGAAAUAUUCAUUAGGUUAGAUUUUUUUGGUUUAAGCUUUCCCAGCCCUUCUCCAACCCCGCCCUGCUGCCAGGAGAGUGGUGUUUUCCCUAGCUUGAAUAAAAGAAGGAAAUAGCAGAAAGAAGAAAUAGUAAAGGAAAGAGAGAGAGCUGAUGAUGCCCUUGGCUUGAGCAAAAAAAUUGUUGGGUUUGUUUCGAUAGGAGUUUAUUUGAAUGAUUUAUUUGAGAUAAUUACUGUAGUACUUUUAGUGAUGUGAUGUAUGUGAGAUAAAAGGUAAUUGAGAAGAUAAAAAAGUGAUUGGAAUUUGUGAAGUAAAUUAUUUUAUUUCAAAACUAUGCAA